AUGGCAGACCGUCUCAACCCCGAGGAAGAGAACCUCCUUCAGUCGGCGCUCCAGACAGCAUUCGCGCCCGUCACGGUACCCAAGCAGUCUGUUGUCCCAGAACAGUCUGCGGUACCAGCGACACUACCAGAGCCUGCACCGGAGACGUCGGCACCAGCUCGUGCAGAGCACGAGCCUGAGUCCACAGAGGAAGUUUGGAAGGCUGAGUACGAUGCUCACGUUGCCGAAUGGCGCCGACAGUCUGCCGAGCAACGCGACCGCGCUGAGCAGGAGCGCGCCAGGUGGGAGGAGCUCAGAAAGCACGAGCGAGAGGAAGCCAAGACGCGGAGUGACAGUGGCUGGGAGAGUAUUGGCGGCAGCACCAGUGCGUCCGUCAUGAUCGAGAGCGCGAGUACCAGCACGCGUGCAGUGACCGACGCUGGAGAGACAGAGGCCAGAGAAACAGAGCCCAGUAUAGCCGACGUGAGGGUCCUCGUCACCGGAGAAGCAGAGGGCGUUUUGGGAAAAGAAACUCUCGAGAUCCUCCCGGAAGCCUCACAGCCGCAUUCAUCCCCAGACACAGAGACCUCUCGACACGAAAAAUGGGAGGACAUCCAUUCGUCUGAGUCGCUCACUUCCUCGUAUCCCUCGAUAUCCUACCCCUCCGGUCUGCCCUCACCACCAGGCUCGCAUCCUGCCCACUCGCACGCGCAUCACCAGUCACACCAUCAUGCUCACGCGCAACAUGCGCAUCACACGGCCUCCGACGCCGGCGCACUCAUUUCUACUGCUGGGGCCCCGCCAGUCACGCUCACACGCGCUCUAUUCGACUCGUCCCUGCCCUUCAAUACCCGUGUGCUUGCGCUCCUCGGCAGCCUCGCGAUUAAUGUCGCACUCCCGUUCGUGAACGGUGUCAUGCUCGGUUUUGGCGAGAUAUUCGCUAAAGAGGUGCUCGUCGGUUGGUUUGGCUUCGGUCGUACAAGGCGGGACAGGCCCGGAGCGGCGCAGGCAAACGUCGGGCUGAGAUCGCGGACUUAA